AUGGGAGGGACAGCCACUCUGGAAGGGGCAGCCCCCGUCAAGCAGGCGCCCCUGAGGGGACGGGACGGGACGGGACGCGGCGGGGGCGGGCAGCUGCUGGCGCCCCAAGGCAGGAUUCUAAACUGUUUGGAUGAGGAGCCGUUUGGCUUUGAGGCGGGAGGUGGAAAACAUUGCGAGUUAUGCUCGUUCGCAUCUCCCCUGAGCCUGGCCUCAGGCCCCAGGCGGCCUCUGAGAGCUUCAGGCCCCAAGCAGAUGAUAAGCUUUCUUUCUUCCCUUCUUAUUUUCGUCUUCGAGAAGGUGGGAAGAAGAGUCUGCAAGCUCCAUAACUGGUUAUUUUUCCUCUUUGUGUUUAAUUUCAGGAAAAGGAGAAGAAAUGAUGAUGAUAACCAUCUCCCACCCCAGACCAAAAGGAGCAGUAGGAACCCCAUCUUCCAGGAUUCCUGGGACACAGAGGAAGAGAGGAAUUCUGAUGCUAAUACUGAAGUCCCAAGAGUUUUUAGUGAGAGUAUAAAGUCCUCCAGCAGUGACAGCGGUGGGAGCAGCAGUAGCAGCAGCAGCAUCAACAGCCCGGACAGGGCCAGUGGACCAGAGAGCAGCUUGAGCCACAUCAUCCCUGGAUCCUGCCCCAGCACCCCCCAGCCGGUGCCCGAGCAGUCUGCACUGUGCCAAGGCCCUUACUUCCUUAUCAAUCAGACCCUGAAGGAGGCCCACUUUCACAGCUUACAGCACCGAGGUCGGCCUCUGACAUGAUGCUCCGGCAGUUUCUUGCCUUCUGUGAAGGGACAGCACUGUGCAGAUUGGAUAUUUCAACUUAAUGAUUUGUUUUUAAAAGUUGCACACAGAAAAAAAAAAUGCCUGUUGGCUUUCAGUCUAUAUUUGAGUAUUGGGUCAGCAGGCAGCUGUUUACCUGGGGUUUUGCUGCACUAUUGCGAUUUCGGAGGGGCUUGGGAGCAGUUUUUUAGAGGAUUCUUUUGAGAGAAGGCAUCAAGUCCGUGUCAUAGCAGUGUCUGAGGAUGCCUCCUGUGACUGAUUUCCAAUUAGACUUGUACUGUAUAUAAGAGCCUCUUAAAAUGUGGGAUCUUCAAUUUUUUAACUCAAUAAACUAGUAAAGAUUAUCUAGUUUCCAAGAAAAAAAAAACAAAACAAAACAUAAGUUUUCUCCCCAAAUACACGAAGCUUGACUCAGUCUUGCACUGACGUUAACUGCCAUACUACCUCUUAGUAUGUAGAUGUCCAUGGAAAGUGCUCCCUGGAAUGGAACAGUUUGAAUGCAACAGCCCACUCUGAAGACCGUGAGGCCAAGCACCUGCCCUAGUUGUGAUCUGUUACACAUUUGUAUUUCCAGGGAGAAUGUCAACUUCCCUAUCUGUUUUCUUCUAGUCUGCACCUCAGAGAACACUGCAGUUCUCUAAGUCAAGAAAUACCUAGUAACUGUCUUACAAACUUGCGUAUUAACAGCUUAACCGCUAACCCUUGCAGUGCCCAUAACCAAGGCAGUAGUCAGUGCUGAUGGAGCACGAGCUGCCAGGUAGCUGCAGAGGACUUAACUCAUGCUUGACCAGCACCCUGCCCUGCUAUGGGGCCACAUUCCAUCAGAACCAGGAAGACUGGUGGUGUAGGAACACAACAGAGGCACCUCUAGUCAAAACGGUGCACUAGUAUUUAAUAGAGAGCCGGGACAUUGUUUCCAUGCUACUUUGUCAUACUAGAGAGCCAGGCAAGCUUGAAUAAGGAAGGCGCAGGUGAGUCGUCUUCCUCGCCGGCGAGCUGUCUGAACAAGGAGCCAGGAUGCGUCUGGUCACCUACUCUGGAGAGUGCCUGGGAGCCAACCUGCCAUUAGAUGAAGAGGAAGUGCCUUAAGCGUCACCCUCAGCCUCCUGCCUGCUCCCCCUCCACGGCAUCCCACUCAGAGGCCACACAGCACAGGCAGCAGCACUGAGGAGCAGGGAUGACUAGUAAGAAGGGUCUGAGGGACUUGUUGGACCAGAGCGGGUUACACUUUGAUACAGCUACAGUCUGAAGGAGGCCCAUGCCAGGAGGAGUGAACAUGCGGGCCUUCCAUGGCCUGCUCCUCUGGGGGCCGCAGCACGGAAAGGCCAGCUGUGUGAUAUGGAAACUAGUGUCAUGAAGCCCGCAGUUCAGAAAGAAAGUUUUCUUUUAGGACUUUUUCCAGAUUUUAAAAUCAGAUGUUUGCCAAACUUGGAUCUUACUGGAUUUGCUGGCAGGGAAUGUGGGAAAGGAUACUUGACUGGAAUUCUGUGUAACAGGCAAACAGAACUAUAAGAGAAGCUGUCAAGCACACAUGUACACAACACAACCCAGAAAUACCCAGGAGGGCUCCGGCAGGCUUAUGGAUGGCGUCCUACCAAAACAAAACAUGUAUUAAUAAAACAAUGCUCAAGGAAGCCCGGUUCUUCCUAUUUCCCACCCAACUAAAGGCACAGAUGAAACCAUCCGCAAGACAAAGGGUCUUCUCCCCAUGCUGAUCCAAGUGCUGAAAUGCCAGCCAACAGUCUCUUUACCCUACAAAAUGCAAGAAACCAUCUCUAUCCCAUGCUGUGUGUUCUUAACGGUCUGGGUCUGGGUCCCUUUCUGCUUUAAGGCUAUUUGCUCGAGCUGAUGAAAAUCUUUCUUAUAAGCUCAAGCUAAGUGAAACCUUGUAUUCUGUUGCGCCGCCAUUAAAAGCAGCCUUAGUGCAUUGCCAUA